UACAGUGCGGCCCGCGAGCGCUGCCUGAGCCGUCCCGGGGACAGCUGCAGCUGUAGCGGUAGCGGUGUUUCUGCUGCUCCUGCUCUCCUGCAAUAGCAGCAACAAUCCACCAACCCGCAACCCGACCGGCCAUCGCUGAUCACCAACCACCAUGGCCAGCGAGGACGAGCAGGGCGGCUGCCCGACCAAGCAGAGGUUUGAGGAACUUUGUCAGAAAUUGAACAUGGACGAGGGUGCAAAAUGUGAGGCUUGGGCAAGUUACGAGAGCAUCAGAAGGAAAUACACCCUGGAGGGGGAAGAUCUUCACUGGUUGGCUUGUGCCCUGUAUGUAGCAUGUCGAAAAGCCAUUCCCUCAGUGGGAAGAGGAACUGUAGAAGGGAAUUGUGUCUCUUUGACAAAGAUCCUGCGCUCUUCUGAACUCAGUUUGAUCGAAUUCUUCAAUAAGAUGCAAAAAUGGGCAGACAUGGCAGAUCUGUGCCAAGAAUUCCGGGACCGUACAGAAAAGCUGGAGAGGAACUUCACAGUUUCUGCCGUCAUCUUCAAAAAGUGUGCGCCUAUUUUCCGUGACCUUUUUAAAGACCCUCAAGAAGAACAGCCACCACGACAGCACAGGGGCCGGAAGCAAAGACGACAACCUUGUACAGUUUCUGAAGUCUUCAACUUCUGCUGGGUGCUGUUUGUUCAGACCAAAGGAAAUUUCCCUAUGAUCAGUGAUGAUCUUGUUAACUCCUAUCAUCUUCUGCUUUGUGCACUUGAUCUGGUAUAUGGGAGUGCACUAUUCUGUGCUCAUCGUAAAGACUUACUGAAUCCCAAUUUCAAAGGUUUACCAGAAGAUUUCCACAACAAAGAUUACAAACCACCUUCAGAGCCUCCAUGUAUUAUUGAUAGGUUAUGUUCCGUACAUGACGGAUUGGAAUUGGAGGCAAAGGGUAUUAAAGAACAUUACUGGAAGCCGUACAUCAGGAAACUUUUUGAUAGAAAGAUCCUAAAGGGAAAAGCAGAAACUCUAACUGGCUUUCUGGACCCUGGGAACUUUACGGAAAGUGUAAAAGCUAUUAACAAGGCCUAUGAAGAAUAUGUGUUAACUGUGGGAAACAUUGAUGAAAGGAUUUUUUUGGGAGACGAUGCAAAUGAAGAGAUAGGAACCCCAAACAGGUUUCUGAGCAACAUGUCAAAUGCAGAAACCACUGAAAGGAUGCAAGUGGAGCACAGUCUUCAACAACAUUUUGACAAUUCCAAGGCACUCUCAGUUUCAACACCACUUACUGGUCGCAAGUACAUGAAGGAAGGUAACCUGUGUGUGACACCAGUAUCCUCUGCAACACAGUGUGUCAACCGUCUUCAUGCUAUACUAACCGGGCUGAAAAAUACCCCAAGUGAGAAAUUAUUACAGAUUUUCAGGUCUUGCUCCAGAGAUCCCACGCAGUCUGUCCUUAAUAGAGUCAAAGAGAUGGGUGAAAUAUUUUGUCAUCAUUACACACAGUCUACCAAGGAUCACUCUGGCUUCUCAAUAGACAGUACUAUCAGGCGCCUUCGACUUGCGGAAGUUCUUUACUAUAAAGUCCUGGAGACAGUUAUUGAGCAAGAAAAGAGGAGGUUAGGAGAUAUAGAUCUGACUGGUAUAUUGGAACAAGAUAUAUUUCACCGAUCUCUUCUGGCUUGCUGCCUUGAAAUAGUUAUCUUUUCGUAUAAACCUCCAGGGGACUAUUCAUGGAUCAUUGACAUCUAUGACCUUCCACCCUACUACUUUUACAAGGUGAUAGAAGUACUUAUAAGGGCAGAGGAUGGUCUCUUCAGGGAGGUAGUGAAACACCUAAAUCAUAUUGAGGAAACGAUUCUGGAAAAUAUGGCAUGGAAACAAGAAUCACCCCUUUGGGAUGGAAUUAAAGAUGCAGAAAACAAGGUUCCAACAUGUGAGGAGGUGAUGCCACCACAUUACUUUGAAAAUCUGGAAAACACAGGAAGCAGUGAGAUGUAUUCUCCCAUUACCCCUACACGACUUAAGGAAGUUCACACCGAGAGUGGCAAGAAAGAAACCAUUGCAUCGCCCACCACAUUGCAUGAUCGAUACAGCUCUCCAACAGCAAGUAAUGCAAGGAGGAGACUCUUCAUGGACAGUGACAACAGUCCUGACCCUUCAAGCAACUCCCUCAGAAAUUCCCAGCAACAAACUGUACCAGUCCAGAAUGUGGCUAGUGAGACUGUUUCUAUUGCACAUGUCCCUGGUCAGACUUUAGUAACCAUGGCAACUGCAACUGUUACAGCUACCAAUGGACAAACUGUUACUAUACCAGUUCAAGGUAUUGCAAAUGAAAAUGGAGGAAUUACUUUCAUCCCAGUUCAACUCAGUGUUACAGGACAGGCCCAGUCUGUGACAAACUCCAUUCAACCCCUUACUGCUCAGACGCUUGCCAGUAGUCACCAGUUACCCGGAACUCCAGUGCAGAUUGCUGGACAGGUAUCAAUGCAGCAAUCCCCAGGACAGAGACAAAAUCAAUGCCAAAUAGCAAUGAGCAGCAAACCCAAAAAGACCGGCUCAGUAGCUCUGUUCUUUAGAAAGGUUUAUCAUUUGGCAAGUAUUCGUCUGCGUGAUCUCUGUGCAAAACUGGAUAUUACUGAUGAUUUGAGGAGGAAAAUCUGGACAUGUUUUGAAUAUUCUUUGGUCAACUGCACUGAUCUGAUGGUUGAUAGGCACUUAGAUCAGCUGCUGAUGUGUGCUGUUUACAUAAUGUCCAAGGUAACAAAAGAGGAUAGAUCCUUCCAGAACAUUAUGCGUAGUUAUCGAACACAACCGCAGGCCAGCAGCAAUAUUUACAGAAGUGUGCUGCUAAAAGCUCGAAGACGACGGACCUCAGGUAGCAGUGACAGUAGUGGUCGCCAGGGCUCGCCAACUGAGACUAGCAGAGACAGGACUAGCAGAGACUCUAGCCCAAACAUGAGGUCUAGUAGUACACUUCCUGUACCUCAACCUAGCAGUGCACCACCUACACCAACGCGACUAGCUGGAGCAAACAGUGAUAUGGAAGAGGAGGAGAGGGGUGAUCUCAUUCAAUUCUACAAUAAUAUCUACAUCAGAAGAGUCAAAGCAUUUGCGUUGAAAUAUUCCUCAUCAAAUAUAGAGAAUGGGAAUGAAGCUCCAACUUUAUCACCCUUCCCAUCUGUAAGGACGGGAUCACCACGCAGAGUCUUACUAUCUCAGCAUCACUCCAUCUAUAUAUCACCUCACAAGAACGGGGGUUCACUCUCACCAAGAGAAAAAAUGUUUUACUGUUUUAGCAAAAGUCCAUCAAAGAGACUGAGAGACAUCAACAGCAUGAUAAAGUCUGGUGAAUCACCAACCAAGAAGCGUGGCUUAUCAUUGGAUGACAGCAAUGAAUUGCCAGCUAAGCGGAUUUGUCAGGAGAAUCACACUGCGUUGUAUAGGCGUUUGCAGGAUGUAGCCAAUGACAGAGGAUCUCACUGAUCCAGUGUGGGGUGUCAACCUCAGUUGCUGUGAAUAGUUUCCUUUCCUUAAGAAUCUUAACCUGGAAAGCAAACCACAAAAGAUUACAGCUCAGCUUAAAGCUUUGUGAAGGUUAUACAGGCAAUGAACACAGCAUAGGAAAAUCACAAAUUGCAAGUGACCAAGAUUUUGAUCCUUUGAACAUACCAAUCUCUUGCUUUGACAAGCUAUUUGUGCUUUUUUUUACAAAUCUGACAUUUGAAGACAGUGGAUUUUUAGGUUGAGAAAGAUUGCUGAAGCAUUAAAAAUAUUUCCAAUUGAUUUAAAAGCUUUUAAAGCAGGUUUAGAACAGCACACACAUCAUACCAAAUUUAAUUAUAGCAUUAACUUUCAUGUUGAAAAUUAAAAUUUAACUGGGUAUUUGAAAACAAACUAUAAAAAUCUGUCAAAACCAGAAAAAAAUGUGUGCCAACGUUGUACUUUUGUUACACUGGAAGAAACUCUUGGAGGGACAUUUUCAUCUCCACACAGCACUCCAAAACAAGGCCAUGUAUUAUGUAUACAAAUAGACUGUGUACUAAUGUAUAGUUAUGAUUACUAUUAUGGUGUGCACAAAAUUGGCAGCUACUUGUAUACAAUUAGUUUGUAAGAUUAGUAUAUGUAGAAGUAGUAUGUUAUUGAUGCACUAAGUGCUGAAAGAUCCUUACAGCAAAUACAUGAGAUGUAUUGUGAACAUUAAACAGUAGACUAAAAAUAUUCAAGGGAAUAUCCUAAUAGCUAUAUGGUGUUUUAUCAUAUUGUAAAAAGGUCAUAGUCAUUCCUUAUGAAUCAGUGUACUUUCAUCAAUUGAAUAUCUAAGUAAAUAGGAGCAAGACUUCAGUAGAGCAGAAGGAAUUAUUCUAACUUAAUAGGAUACAUUGUGAUGUUUUCAUCUUCAUCGAAUGGGUUGAUUAUACACCAAGUGAAUAUAAUCAUUUGGAAAUAGGAACAGUGUGUAGGUUUAAACACCACUGGUUCUCUUCAACAGUGCCAAUCCACAGAUCAGGACUUCAAUUCAAAACCAUACAAGAGAAUAUAAACUGUUAAAAAUUCCAAAUUUGCAUUAGACCCGGAUAGUGACACGCAUAACUUGUAAUUCAAAAAGAAUAAAAAUCUGGAUAUCCAGACUUGAUUUUAAUUUCAGCAAUUAAUAAAAUGCUGGUUUGUCAGUUAUGGUUUAUAAAAAUGACCAAAUAGAUUUUAAAAAUUUCUCCACCCUCAGAGAAUCCUUUACCUAUGUUGCCUUGCACGUGAGAAAACGUAGCUUGCUGACUGGACCGAUGUGACAAUGCUGAGGCUCAAAAUUCUAGAAUUUUACGUGAAAAGCUCUAUGAGUUAUUCUCCACUUCAGCAAUAUGUUGACACAUUUACUGCAGUCUCAUGAAUCAUAGCUGCUCUGAAAUUGCCCAGGCUAGUCCAUUAGUCAAAACAUACCAUCACUAGCUCCAGCCCAGCAGUUGUAGACUUGCACAUGGGAUGUCCAGGGUCACCUAGCCAAUUUCUUAGCUGAAGCAAUCAUAUACAGCAGGACAUUCACCUCACCCUUAGUUUGUCUGGCCUCAAAAUCACUCCCAUGAACAUGAACUAGACUAGAACCAUUUACAAACUGUAAAAGACAUGAGUAGCCGAGAACAUGUUUCAGUAUACCUCUAAACCUGGACUGAUGUGUCUUUAUCCAGUCCUUUAGAUGGGAAUUCAACUAUAUCUCCUCCGGUCCCACUCUGGUUACUAUCCAAUACACAUUCGUUACGUUGGGGCAGAAUAAACAAGUUUCUCAAGUUCAGUCAUUGCAGUCCCAUCAGCACAAACAAUCCCUCAAACAUGGUCACAUUCAUAACAAUUACUCUGUUCACCAUGUGGAGGCAGUUUCUGACAACUAAUUUUUAUCCAUUAUGCAAGUGAACGCGACAGAAUCUGCAGAUAGUAGUGUAAUAGUUUGAUGGCUACCAACUAUUCAAAGUGUCAUGCACAUUUUUCCCCAAUAAGAAUUCCACAGAAUUCAGAGAGAGAACAAGCACAAUUAUAGUGCAACCAGAAAGUCCACUCACCAAACCAGUAUGUAUUAACACGCCAAUGCAUUUUGAAAUUAUAUCAGGUUUACUAUUAAGAAAAAUACAUACAAUUCAGGCAGUUGAAUAAAUAUUGAUGUGCAAACAAACCAAUGAUGCCCAUUGCUAUCAGCAGAUCAAAAGACUGGAAGUAGAAAUAUCUGGAUUCAGAUUGGAAACAUUUUAGCAUUAAAUUUUUAAAGCACACCUAAUUGACAAAAGCUGUUGAUUACAACACUAAUCAGCAAACUAAAAAAGUAGAAUUUAGGUGCAGGCAUAAUUUACCAAUGUUUCAACCAACAACAGGUUACAAUCCAGCUGUUCAGCCCUAAUGGCACAAGAUGAGGAAAAAAAAUCAUAUACAAUAGCAGGGAAUCAAAUCAAAUACUUAAUAUCUGAUUGAUAGCCAGUCCAUCAUAGAUUAAUGCAAGCCAGAUGUGAAGCAAUAAUUACCAUGCUGGAAUUUCUGAUUUCCUUCCAUUACUUCAGAAUGAACAACACAAAUAAUGAAAGCAUGGACUUUAGUUUCCACAGCCAUAAUGGUGGGAAACCAGGAAGCCAUAGUAAAAUUGUAUCAAAGAUCUUUUAUUGUUUGAAACAUGUUUAAGUAUGAAUCUGCCUCUAAUGUAAACUAUGUUUCACAGUCAAAACAUUUUUAAAUAAAUGAGGUUGAGCAAGCCUCUUUGUUAAGUUUGAUUUUACUGACUGCAGCUAUACAGCCUAUUCCCAGAUCUUUGCCUGUAAUACUUCAGUUGGUUGCUAGGAAAUUCACAAAAAUAAAUUUUCUUUUCCAUAAGAAGUUGACAAUUCAAAAUGUUCAACAAAUGCUCAACCUAAUACAAAUUUUACUUAGUGUGGAAGUAGUGGGACAGGGGAACAAAGUUGGGGAGGGACUCAUGUUCACAGUCAUACAUACAAUGACCCUUCCAAAUAUACAGCUUUUUAAUUAAAGAACUAAUUUUGGGCUUGGGUGACUCAGUGUUUCUAUCUCUGCGUCAGGAGAUCCUCAUUCCAAGGCUCACCUGCCCCAGAUAUAAUGUCACAUGUCUGAACAGCUUGUAGAUUUUUAAAAUUCAAAUCACGAUCACAACACUGCAUAAACAAAAUGUGAGACAACCAUUAAUAUACACAAUGCAACCUCACAAUCACAAAUGAGAGUGUUUUGCCAAACUUAACAUUCCGUAAAUUUGGUGUUCAAAUUAAUGCAAAAUAUUAGCAUUAAAAAUUUUUAUUGAUGUGGUUACAUAUUCAGUGAAUGCAAGAAUCCAUUUUCAUAUUGUAAAAAGAAUUCAGCAUCGCAUUUUACAAAAUUGCAAGGAGUGUUUAAAAAAAUUAGGAUGCAUCUCUUCAGUUAAUUGUACUACAAAUGAUUAAUUGAACCCAAAAAUAUGGGAAUACUGCAAUAUGGCUGGUUACCAUUUAGAUAGGUAUCCAAAAAUCUUUAAAAUUGCUUCAAAAAUUAAAUACCUUUUGCAGCUUAAUUUAUGCUAAUUAUAACUGAUUCACUUUAAAUGUCUACUUGUCAUUGC